AACACGUCAUCACUGGGCAAACCCGGAACUGCUGGCAAAGUCAUGUGACCCAAAGUCUGCUCACAGCACAGGAGGUCACAGGACCUGGCUCUUCCUGGCAGUAUGGCACCAGCCCCCGAGGAGAAGAUGGCCACGGUGUGCCAGGAGCUUGAUCUACUCACUCUCAGGCUCAUGGACCAACUGGAACUACUCCGAAAUAAGAGAACGUCCCUGAACCAGCUGAUUGAGAAGGGCUGGCUUUCCCUAUCUCAGUCUCGAUAUUCAAUGGGGAAUAAGUUUGUGUCAUCUCUCCAGUACAAGCAGGACAUGGCGCCAUCGGUUGUGGUUCUGGAAAGCUGUGCACCUGAUGGGAAUACGUCGUUUGAAGUGGAACGUGCUUCCCCUACAGCGCUAAUGGCCACGAAGAGCGUGGAUCACAGGGCAGUGGAGGAAAUUGGCGCUACCGAACCAAAGCUACGGCACAGGAAAGGCCCAGCAGAAACCAUCCAGCCCACAACAACGGAACCUAGGGGGCCCGGGCCAGCGCCCGCUCAGGACCCCUUGCACUGGUUUGGAAUCUUGGUACCACAGAGUUUGCGGCAAGCACAAACCACGUUUCGUGAGGGGAUCCAGCUGGCAGCAGAGGUCGCUUCCCUGCAAAGCAGCGUUGACUGCAUUCAAAGGCGGUACGGAACAUUAAUGGCUCAGAAACGGAAGCUGCAGGCGAGCUGAUUGGACGUUGGAAAAUGGCGAGCGCAAAGACUGCGUGCACUAACACUGUCUACAUUAAUAUCUGCGUGAUACGUGUAUUACUGGGCUGAAUAAUAAAAUGGAUUUACUGCA